GGUUCGGUUUUUCGGAUUCUUCGGAAAUUAAAGAGGCGGGACGAGCGAACGCAUGCGCAGUCGUGCGUUUCUAGCACUUGGCUAGGUGCGCGGUGUUUCGUUUUCGUGUUCCGUGGGCGCCGCGCACAGAGAUAUGCAGAUGCGGAUGCGGAGAUAGUCGCUCGGCAGACGUGCAACGGAACGAGCUAGUUGUGGUGCAGGAUGCAUAAUUUCGCACUUUUGCGACGGGCGAAGGGGCGGCAUAUAGGCAUCAUAUAGACUAUAGACGACCACUUGCGCACGGUUGGAGCUGUGUGUGCGUGUCCAGUUCUCUUGGCUUCUUGUCCAUCUCUACUGCCGACAGCGCUGCUACCUCUCGCCCGCCGUUGACCUGCACAGUCCAUCACACCGCGUAUACACUGUUCGUUUCGAGAAAUGGAGCUCGAGCAGGCGGCUCCGCAGAUGAACGCGGAUCCGGAAAAAAAGGUCAAGGAGAACGGCGGCGGCGGCGGCGGCGGCGGCGGUGGCAGCGUCAGCGUCAGCGGUGGCGGCGGCGACGUCGUCUCCGGGAAUCAUAGCGAUCAUAUCAAUGGCAUGUCCAAUGGUUUCGAUAAGAAAAGGGAACACAAGUCCGAGCAUAGAGAUAAAGACAAAGAGCGAUCUCACAAGUCGGAUCACAAGGACAAAGAUAGGAGCAAAGAGAAAGAGAAGAAUCAUAAGAGUGAACACAGGGAUAAGGAUAAAGACAGACAUAGACAUAGUUCCAGUUCUAUCAAGGACAAGGAGAAACAUGAUAGCAGUAAUAAGGAUAAAGACAAAGAUAAAAAGAGCUCUUCUAAUAAGGACAAAGAGCAUAAAAGUAGCAGUUUGUCUAGCAAAGAUAAAGACAAGAACAAGGAACAUCAUCAUAAAUCGAGUUCGAGUUCUAAGAACAAAGACAGAUAUCACAACAGUUCCAAGGACAAGGACUCAAAGAGCAAAGAUAAAGAUAAGUACAGGCACAAUAGUUCCUUAAAUUCUAGUUCGCGCGACAAAGACAAGGAUCGAAAUCUCUCAAAGGACAAGGAGAAAGAUAGUAAAAAGCACUCAUCUGAGAGAGACAAAGAUAGACAUUCCACUUCUCAUUCUUCGGGCGAUAAAGAGAAGCAUCGUUCAUCGGAGAAGGACAAAGAUAAGCAUAGAGAAAGCUCGUCCAGCAGUAAGGAUAAGCAACAUCGCUAUGAAAAAGAUAAAGAUCGCCACCGACAUGAUAAAGAUAAAUCUAAACAUCGCGAUGAAAAGGAAAAAAGGGACAAGGAUAAGGAAGAAAUUAAAAUAAAGGAAGAAACGGAUGUGAAGCUGAAUCAUACGACCAAUGAAAGGUUUCAUUAUAAUCUAGAUGUCAAGCCAGAGAUGAAAGAAGAGCCUAUGACACAACUAGAAUUAGAGGACGAUGAUGACAGCGGUGGUGAGCGACCGCUCUAUAUCAAAGAGGAAGAUGAUGAUGAGGAAAUUGUCAAGGAAGACGCCAGUAUGGAUUCGACGGACGGAAACGACACCAGACUAUCUGAUCUCCAUAAUACCACCUUAAAGACGGAAGAGGAUUCGGAAGAAGAUAAACCAUUAUUCUCGAGGUCGAAAGUGUCGCCGAAUAGAAUAAAAAGGAAGGUCGAGUCGGACGAAGAGGAAGACUUACCACUGUCAGCGCGCAAGAAACCUAAAAAAGUGACUAGCUCAAAGACCAAAAAGAAGAAACGAAAACACGACGGGGAAAACGACGAUUCUGAAGCAGAAUCGGAAGAGAAAUCUAAGAAAAAGUAUGCAAAGGCGAAAGGAGAAAGCACCAGCCCGAGAAAAAAGAAGCAAGAAGAGGAGCAAGAAGUUUGGAAAUGGUGGGAAGAGGAGAAGAAAAGCGACGGCACAAAAUGGCAUUUCUUAGAGCACAAGGGACCAGUGUUUGCACCGCCCUAUGAACCAUUGCCACCCAUAGUGAAGUUUUAUUAUAAUGGCAAAGAGAUGAAGCUGAGUCAGGAUACAGAAGAAGUCGCGACUUUCUAUGCACGCAUGCUGGAUCAUGACUACACGACCAAGGAUGCGUUCAACAAUAACUUCUUUCAUGAUUGGCGGGAGGUGAUGACUGAAUCAGAGCGCGCCAAAAUCACCGAUCUAUCCAAAUGUAACUUUAAAGAGAUGCACACAUACUUCUUGCAAAAGAGCGAGGAACGCAAGGCCAUGACAAAAGAGGAGAAGCAGAAAAUUAAAGAGAAGAAUGAGGAAAUUCAGAAGGAAUACGGUUUCUGCGUCAUCGAUGGUCACAAGGAGAAGAUCGGUAAUUUCAAGAUCGAACCGCCCGGCUUAUUCAGAGGUCGCGGCGAGCAUCCCAAAAUGGGCAAGCUAAAGAAACGAGUAUUGCCGGAGGAUGUGCUCAUUAAUUGUUCAAAAGAUUCAAAUAUACCGAAACCGCCAGCCGGCCACAAAUGGAAAGAAGUGCGACACGAUCCCAACGUCACGUGGCUUGCGUCCUGGACGGAGAAUAUUCAAGGUCAAGUAAAAUAUGUGAUGCUGAAUCCGUCCAGCAAACUGAAGGGCGAAAAGGACUGGCAAAAGUAUGAAACGGCGCGGAAGCUGGCGCAAUCGAUUGACAAGAUUCGUGCGGAAUAUCGGGAGGAUUGGAAGAGCAAAGAGAUGCGUAUCAGGCAGCGCGCCGUCGCUCUGUACUUUAUUGACAAGCUGGCGCUCAGAGCCGGUAACGAGAAGGAUGAAGAUCAGGCGGACACCGUGGGUUGUUGCUCGUUGCGAGUAGAGCACAUCAAGUUGCAUGAACAGAGGGAUGGCAAGGAAUAUGUGGUUGUGUUUGAUUUCUUAGGUAAAGAUUCUAUACGAUAUUACAAUGAAGUGCCGGUGGAAAAGCGCGUCUUUAAGAACUUGCAACUCUUCAUGGAGAAUAAAUCACCAGGGGACGAUCUAUUUGAUCGUCUCAAUACUACUGUGAUGAACAAACAUUUGAACGAGCUAAUGGAGGGUCUUACCGCCAAAGUGUUCAGAACUUACAACGCAUCAUGGACCUUGCAACAGCAACUUGACAAACUGACUGACCCGAACGACACGGAAGCGGAGAAGAUUCUUUCGUACAAUCGGGCUAAUCGUGCUGUGGCGAUAUUAUGUAAUCAUCAACGUUCCGUACCGAAAACGCACGCGAAAUCCAUGGAAAAUCUCAAGGCAAAGAUUGAUGCGAAGAAAGAAGCGAUAGCCGAGUGUGAAUUGCAAGUGAAAGAUGCCAAACGAGAUGCUAAACACGGUUCGGUAAAGGAAAAAGUAACAUAUGAGAAGAAGAAAAAACAGCUGGAAAGAUUGAAGGAACAAUUGACAAAGUUGGAAGUACAGGCGACAGACCGAGAAGAAAACAAAGAGAUUGCAUUGGGUACCUCUAAGCUGAACUAUCUUGAUCCCAGAAUUUCCGUUGCAUGGUGUAAGAAACAUAAUGUACCUAUCGAGAAGAUCUAUAACAAAACUCAGAGGGAUAAGUUCCGAUGGGCGAUAGAUAUGGCAGGUCCCGAUUAUGUGUUUUAACCGUACGAUUAUCAUUCAUGUCGCCUAACAGUCUACGAAAGGAGGACAUCUCUCGUUGACAAUGUAUCUAGUGAAUUUUACGUUGUAACGAGAAACCGAGGGACUUAAAAAAAAGGGAGAGAGAGAGAGAGUGUGUGUGUGUGUGUCUGUAUGUAUGUGUAUGCGUGCAUGUGUGUUCGAAUAAUAUAAAAAAUUUUUUACAUUUACGAAAUAUAAAUGUGAGAAAGUGUGUUGCAAACAUAUUUUCUAUAGAAUGAUGUAUGGCGCGCUCAUUAAAUCAUGAGGGACGAGAAGUGCGACUAUAUGCGAUAUGCAAAUUCGCUAAUCUCGAGUCAAUCGUACGCACUUGUUUUGGAAAAAUAUAUUCUAGCUACAUUCGGCUUGUUCGUCUAUGUGCUAGUUCGUGCAUAUGUACAGUACUCGAAUGUAAAAUCGACAAAAAUAAACAGGAGGAAAUUGCAAAUAGAUUUAAAGCGAAAGCAUACGGAAAGCUUUGAUUUUAUUUCGUUUAGAUAGAAAUUUAUUCUGAGCAUGUGUGAGAUUAGGAAAGUAGCUCCCCAAAUACGUGCUAAAAAGUGUUUAAAUUUAUAGAUAUGCAUGCGUGUGCAGCAGCGAUCAAUGCAGCUGCAAAAAGAACGAAAUAAUUUAACGCAUCCUGCGCUAACUUUGGCAUGCCAGUGGAAUAUGUACAACAAAAUUUAGGUGCGCUGUUGUACAUAUAUAGGAAAUAUUCAUGUGAGUGAGACGGGGACAUAACUUUAAUACGUAUUAGGAAAAGAGGAGAAAAAAAACCGCAAAGGAGGCAGCUGAUGAAUUUUAUAUUCUCUUAAAGCGUACAUACGCGCGUAUAUACAUACACAUAAUUGUUUCUUUCAUAAAUGUAUGAUAAUAUCAUUCAUCAAAUAGCACAUUUACAUUUUACAAUACCGUGUAUGACGACAUUAUAUGUAUGUAGGAUAUAUUCAAUAUUGUGCACAUUUUUGAUAUAAAUGGAAAAACAGAAAAUUAGCAAAGAAUAGCAGAUUUACGCGGGAUCGAGGUCCGCUAUCCCCUCCCCACUUACCCAUGGAUAGUAUAAAAUAGUGAAAUUUAUAUUUAAGUGACUUAUCGCCUUUAUCAAUUUAUGUUUUCUAAGGUGAUGUCUUUAAGCUAUAAAAUAAACAAGAAAUAUAUCGUAUCCUUUAAUUUCUUAGCGUUAUUCGCAUAUCUCGCGUCGACCUUGAGCCGACGAUUGAGCCGAAAGAUACUAACGCGCGCGUGUAUUAACACACGCACACAUUUUAUUUGACGAUUAACGAUAAAUAUAAUGUAGCAUUUAGCUUCUCAUUCUAAUAGCAUUUUGGCGCAUGUGCUUAACAUAUAUAUACACACACACACACACACACACAUACAUACAUAUAUAUGUACACACACACACACACACACACAUAUAUACGAGGAAUGGAAAUAUCUUUCUGUUUUCAAUUUUCUCACAUUUUUGUAUCACGAACCAAUCAAGUGUGAAAACAUUCCUCUUUGCAUUAUAAAAAUCAUAGUCAGUGGCACAUUUAUCAAAUGCAGAAUUUCAAGGGCAAAAAAUUUUCAAAACUUAAAAAUAGAAGAUAAUAAAGACAAAUCUCUGUUUUUUUUCUAUUAUUAUAUAAUUGGUUUUUGAAAAAAAAACCAAAAAAGAAAAAAAACAAAUAUUCGUGUACUAAAUAAUAAUUUUUAAUUUUUGUAUAUGUCCUUUUCAUUUGAAUUAAGUAAAUGACAAAUUUAAAAAAAAUCGUCUUAUUACAAUAAAUAAUCAUUAUUCCGUUCAAUUUGUAUAUGAAAAACACUAUUUUCGAUUUAUGGAAAAUAUGUAGUUAUCGGUCUCUAAAACAAAUCUUUAUUUAUUAUGUAAUGAGCGCAUAUACAUCGUUUAUACAUGUAUUAUUAGAUAAUAAUUUAUGCAUCUGCCAUAGCGAUGACAAAUUAUGUAUUAAUACGAAGGGAAGAAUUAAUUAUAUAUAUACUCUAGGUAGAUCACAUAAUUGUGAGAUUGAUUUUAGACUGGACUACAAAGUAUUGUUGUUUUUUUUUUACGAAUAACAAGGCCGCUCACGCAAUCACUCCCAAUACGAAUAAUAACAAUGUAAAUGUUGCGAUGAAAGAAAAAGGAGGAAAAAAAGGGAAAAAUGCAAUCGGCGAGCGUGAAUUUAUCCAGCUCUAUCAAGAUUUGUAAUUUUUACAAAAAGACUCAAAUUAUAUAAGAGAGUGCAAUUGAAAUUUAGUACAAUUCUCUAAGCUUGAAUAGUCAAAGUACAUAUAUGUAUAUAUGUUUCAGUGAUUUUUCCCUCACUUUGAUAUAUACACAUACGUAUAAAUAAAUAAAAUAUAUAUAUAUAUAUAUAUAUAUAUAUAUAUAUAAAAUUGAAAUAAUAAAAAAUUUUAGUGCCGAGAGAAUCGCGUAGACUUUAUUACAAUAUACAUCUAGCUUAUUUGAAAUAUUUCUUUCUCGUAGAGGAAAAAGAAAAGGAUUCUUGACCUUGUUAAUUUAUUAUUAUAAACGACAAAGUAUAAUAAUACAAUACUAUUAUAUUGCUGCACAGUUAGAAAUGAUAAAAAUAAAUUGUGUGUGUGUGUAUUUUAUACAUAUACAUAUAUAAUUUGAAACAAAUAUAGUGUAAAUCCCUAUAAUAAAUUGUAUAAAAACUUGAAAACGCGCGCGUAUAUGUUUUAGACAUUGCGCAAUAAACUUGUACAAUGCACAAGAAA